CCAUCAUCCGAGCCAUCACAAUCCUUCUGCGCUUGUCUUUGAUCUGCAUGGGGUUCAUCCAAAACUAUUCGAAAAGGAAAUUAGAGAAGAUCCAGCAAAGGUUCCACACUAGCUAGCUGGCUACCCAUUCUGUUUUGAAAGAGAUUCCUCUACCCAUUCCUUGGAGCCGGAUUAAUUAACCCAUCGAUCCAGAAGGUAUCCGCCAUCAUGAUGUCCUCCCAACAGAACAACAGAAUACCGUGCAUGCUUCACUAUAUUUGUGGAUUUGUCUUAUUGACAUCCUCAGAAUCCUUCACAUUACAGCGUUGGAACUACAUGUACUAUGCACCCACCACUCCCCCUACUUUUCAGAAUCGGCAAUCCACUGCUCCUGGUUUAUUCAUGAUUUAUGCACCUCCCGGAUCGGGAUAUCACCGUCCCGAAGACGAAGAAUCCAUGUUACCCUCCACGUACGAUCCAAUGAUGGAAUAUCCGGGCACCAUGCGUCCCGGCACUACUCCCGAAAACAUGCCCUUUUCCGAUUUGCCCAUUGCCGAUAGCGAUCCCGAUCCGGUUCCCUGGCCUCACUUUCAACAGAUUGAAUGGCAUCACAAAUGGGAUCCUCCCCACGAAGCCGCUCUGGAAAUGGAAGAAUUCAUUGAACAGCAAGGACGUUGGGCCACACCGGAAAUGGAAGCCGCCAUGCGAGCGGGUGUGCGACAGGGUAUCCGCGAUCGGCAAGAAAAGGAAGCGGCCGAGAAAAAACGGGAUUCUUGGGUCAUUACCGAUGACGACGAUGAGGACGAUCCUCCCAACACGGACAAUAUCGAGUUGGGAGAUGGUAUGUAUGGAUCCAUUGGAUCAGCCGUGGUCGAUGCCAUGACGGCGGAAGCUGUGAGACCCAAGGCAGAAAGUGAGGAGGAGCAGGAAAGUACUGAAGUGGAAGAAGACACGGGUAGCAGCAGCAUGGACGACGAUUUGGAUAGUUUCUUGUUGGAUUUGGGAUUGGAUGCCGAUGUGGAGAUGGAGGAUGAUACGGACAGUAGUGGCAGCAAGAGCGUUGCGGCGGAUGAUGACGCCGAGGAAGAGGAUACUGGUACCACCUUGGAUUUACUGAGUGAUGACGGAGACGUCACGGCAACAAUCAAUGUCGAUGCGGACGACGAUUUGGAUCUAGGAUUGGACGACGAUGAUGAUCUGGACGGGGAUGAUGGAGUGGAAGUACCCCUCGAUGCCUUUGGAGACGACAAUGAUACCCUCAAUGGCGAAGACAUCUUUGAUGAAGGAGGAUUUGAUUUUGACGAUGGUGAUUUCGAUGCAGGCGAUGUGUGGUAGGACCUUGUCUUACCGUACCGUGUCGAUGUGGUACCGUUGAGAAUACCGUAUUCUAUUCGAGGAAAUGAUCCAACAAGGAAGGAACACAAAAUGUGAUCAGAUCAAUUUGAAGAAGUAGCAGUAGAGACUACGGAGAGAACCUCUCCGAUUCAGUGGACAAUAACUAAAUCUACAUUCUUGGGAAGUAGAUCUACCAGCACCGUACUGUCAUGUUGGCUGUUGGAUGUCAUCAGAUUCGAUUCUGCAUAAAAGGAUAU